CUAUCUUCUCAUAGAUUUGUUUUCUGCAUCACAAAACACUUAAAAAUGUGAAUUCAAAUGAAUCCCAAACACACCAACUGAUAUGCAACCAUGGCCCAUUUACUAACUCCAGCUCCAGCUACUACUGCCACACCCAUCUCAACAAGAUUCACAAAGAACACACAUUUCCCAACUUUUGGUUUUCAGAGAUUGAGUGUGUUGGCUUGCCACCAAGGUCCUGAUCAAGCCCUGGAUGAUGAUGAUACACUUGUCCAUCGCAGGGUUGUUAUGUUGGGCUUAGUUGGUGCAACGCUUGGCUUAACCGUCGGCGAUCGGAGUGCAAUCGCCGCCGCCAGAAGGCCUCCGCCGCCUCCACCCGGAGAGAAAAAGGACCCCAAUGUUAGUGGUGUUCUGGCAAAAGUUCUAGCUAGCAAGAAAAGGAAGGAAGCCAUGAAAGAAUCCAUGGCUAAACUAAGAGAGAAAGGAAAGGCCAUUGAUGAGCCAUCUGAAUAGUUUCCCAACAAAUUGCAAUUCCUUUUAAAUUGCUCAUAAAUUUAUCCACAUUUUGAAAAUCUUUUUCAAUGUGGAGGAAAAUAUGUAUUCCAGUUAUAUAUCUCUUCUAGAGAGUGGUGAAUCAUUUUGCUGAAGUAACAUUUUGUAGUGUAUUUCAUGAAUGCUUCACAUUUAAUCAGUGGUCUUCUUUAAUGGA